AAACCCCCUUUUCUUCUUCUUCUUCUUCACUACGCUUCCUCUACUCCCACCCCAAACGACGUCGGUUCAGUUUCACCGUUUCUCACAUAGAAAAAGGCAUGAAUGAAGUACUGAAGCUGAACCCCCCACCACCCAUCAACCACCAUGCCUCUCUCUCUACUCACCUCCCACCAUUUCCACAGAUUCCGCAAAACUCUCUGCUUCUCCAUGGUCAAUUUUUCAUAUCUCUGCGCUCUCCCAACCCUAGAUUCCAUUGAAGAGACCAAUACCCACGACCCCAAUCACCUCCAAUUGCAGCACACUAUGCAGAAUGACGCCGCCCCGGGUAAUCUCAGAAAAUCUCUCUGCGCAUUGAAUUCUAUAAGGUACCCAUCUGUCAAUGAUUAUAAUGCUUUGUUGUAUCAUUAUUUGAAGUCAUCGUCGAGGCAUUUGAUUGUGUUGGAUGAGUUGGUUCAAGUGUACUUUGGUAUGAAGAGGCUUGGGCCAUAUCCAAAUGCUUCCACAUUCAAUAUACUUUUGGAUGGAAUGACGUCUACUGGGAAUUUGCGUGCUGCCUUCUUUUUUGCUGAGGAAAUGUGGAGAAGUGGGUUUCUGCCGUCGUUUACUUCUUUAUUGAAAAUUUUGAAGAAAUGGUUGGGAUUGGGGAGUUUGGUUGAUUCUAUGAGUGUGUUUGAGUUUAUGCUGAGAUUGGAGUAUUUUCCUACUGAACCUACUUUGAAUUUGUUGAUUUCUAUGCUUAGUAAAGCUGGGAUGGCUAGGGAGGCCCAUUUUGUGUUCCGGGUUCUUCUAGGAAAGGGUUGUUUAAAGUGUGCUCACAGUUAUAAUCCUAUAUUGUGGGCUUUGUGCAAGUGUGGCCAGAGUUAUACUGCUCUGGCAUUGUUGUAUUCAUUGAAGAAGAUGGGUGCUGUUCAUAAUGCGGCAUCAUAUACGGCUUUGGUUUAUGGGUUUAGUAAGGAAGGGUUGUGGGAAGAAGCCUUUUGUAUGUUAGAUGAAAUGAAAAUUGAUGGGUGUAAGCCUAAUGUAAUAACAUAUACUGUAAUUGUGAAAUUUCUCUGUGAUGAGGGGAGGAUUGGGGAUGCAUUAGACAUCUUGGGUAAGAUGGGCAAGGAAGGUUGUGAUCCUGACAUUGUCACAUACAAUGUAAUUCUUCGUGAACUUUUCCAUCAGGAUAGAUAUGUUGAAAUUGGUGAGCUCCUUCAGGUUAUUGAUCAAAAGGAGAUAUCACCUGACUCUUUCACCUAUGCGGCUUUAACUGGAGGGCUGUUAAAAAGAGACCAAGUAAGAGUUGCUAAUAAAUUAUUGCUUUAUGUUAUUUCAGCAGGCUGUACUGUAGACGUUGCCGUUUACAAUAUAUACUUCCAUUGUUUAUGUCGUGAAAAUAAAUCAGGAGAAGCAUUGUCUCUGUUGCAGAGUAUGGUGGAAAAAGGUCUCGUGCCAACCAAUGUAUCAUAUAAUACUAUUUUGAAUGGUUUCUGUAGGGAAAACCAUAUUGAUGAAGCUUUGCAGCUCUUUGACCACUUUGAGUGGGCCAAUAAUAGUCCUGAUGUGGUUUCCUUCAAUACAAUUUUGUCUGCUGCAUGCAAACAAGGUAACUCUUCAAUGAUUCGAAGAGUCUUGUACCGAAUGGAGUAUGAAGGUGUUAAGCUUAAUGUUGUUAGUUCAACUUGUUUGAUUCAAUAUUUUUGCGCCAUUGGAAAGAUUUCAGAAUGUUUGGAGCUUUUGGAAUCCAUGAUACGUAAUGGCCUUAAUCCCACUGUAGUGACUUUUAAUAUGCUUUUGGACAAACUUUGCAAGAAUGGGUUACUUGGAACAGCACACAGAAUAUUUAGAGAGUUUAGAAACACUGGAUAUUUCCCCAAUACAACUUCAUAUAAUAUUCUUAUACAUGCUUCAAUAAGAGAGGGCAAUGAUUCACUGGUGGAGCAGUUGUUAAGGGAUAUGUAUAGCUGGAGAUUGAAACCAGAUGCUGUUACCUAUGGUUCCUUCAUUAAAGGUCUUUGUAAGGAGGGGAAGAUAUCAGUUGCCAUCCAGCUGAGGGACCAGAUGCUAGAGAGUGGACUCACUCCAACUAUUACUAUUUACAAUACCAUAUUAGCAGCAAUGUUUCAAAGAGGCAAGUUUUGGGAUAUUGUCUCAUUACUGAAAGAUAUGACCAUGGAUGGAUGUGAACCUAAUGCUGUUUCUAUUGAGAUUUUGAAACAAGCAAUGUCAAAAUGUUGGAUGAAGAGAUUCCCUGAGGUAUCAAAACAGCUAGAAUUUGUGAUAUGUGGAAAUUGUGAAAAAGAGACUCAAACUGAAGGAAUAACAAGUUAAGUGUCUUUGAUAUCAGUUCUUGCAGCACUUGCUCACCAUGACCAUAUCAUAUGCACAUAUGGUCUUUGAAUCAAGUCCAGCUGUCUUUCACAAGGAUCUCUGUGAAGAAAACACAAACAGCCAGGGUACAUUUUGAUGUUUAAAAGUUGCAGUCUAAUAUACUCUUGAUAAAUGAAGCAGAACUGAUCAUUGGGAACCUAGAAACUAUAACUAUCAGCAAGAACUAUCAUAUCCACAGCAGUAACCAGAAGCCUCAGGAUGGGAUCAAUUGUCAUAUCCAACACAACUAGAAUGGGUAGUCCUCCAUGAUCCCUUGGGCAUCAAGAAACUAAAUGAGCUUUGCAGUUAUUCAACUGUAUGAUGGGAGCACAGUGGUGACAGGUUGUGUUCUUUAGUUAUCAGACUGGUACUGUUGAAUAUCAUUUGAAAAUUCUGUGCUAUAUAGGACCUGAUAUUACCAUCUGGAGUGAACUGCAAACCAUGGUUGCUGAAGUGACACUAGUUGUGUUCCUUGGUCCAAUGCAUCUCCUUUAGAACAGUCAAGAUGUGAACUCCUCGGACAUGUUGAAAUGUCAAUAAGACAUAUCGGCCUCCUGGGAUGAUUGAUAUGCGAUGUGUUCAAAGCCUACAUUACCAGCAAGGGUCAUCAUCCCUCCCUCAAUUACAAUGCCUGCAUACAGAUUUCCUCGGUCUCCUAUGCUGCAGAGACGGGUAGAAUCAUCUCUGUAACAAAAAAUGGCCUUGAAGAGAAUCGACCUCCUGGACUUACCAGUGGAAGAACAGUUGACAGGUACUAAUGGGGCAACUACCUUCCCUUUGCUUGCAAUGGAAGUGACCUCCAAAUCUGUUUGAACUGCAAGGAUGGUGGCCAUGGUUUUUCAAUCUUUAACAUUUUCCUCCCUAGAGUUGUAGGGAUGACGCCAAUCUCCACUCCAGCCAAGAAUUGUACCAUCAAACCAUUGUAUCCAUCUUUUCUUUUUCCAAUAUGAUAAAACCAUUGUAUGGUUCCUUUGGAUACUGCCCAUAAUUUGUAGACUAAGGUGCCAAAUCGAUACCCAUUUCACUUCGAA